UCCUCUUCUUCACUCCCAUUCUUUCAAAUUUCUUCUCUCUCUGGCUGACUGUGUAAGGGACUCACCCCAGACUAAAGUCGCCCCCAGCUCCUCCUGCGACCUGCCAUGUCGAACUCUUGCCACUCUGCUUAUCUACGGGGGAGUCUCGGCUCCUUCGCCGCCGACAUGAAGAGAAUGAUCAACGCGCCGCAGAUGAGUGAUAUAAAAUUCAUUGUUGGAGAGGAGAGGAAAGUGGUUUACGCUCACCGCUGCAUCUUAGCAUAUCGCUGCGAGGCAUUUAGUGCCAUGUUUGCCGAGCGACUUCUGUCACGUGAUGCCAAAGAAGCCGAAGUUCCGUUUGUUCUAUCAGAUGUGCGGCCAGAUGUCUUCUUGGCUGUGGUUGAGUUUCUCUACACAAACUGUGUGAUGCUGAGCCGCGAUAUAGCUCUGGAUGUACUUACAUCAGCAGUGGAAUAUGGCCUGGACGAGCUUCAAAGGAUGUGCGUGGACUAUAUCAACAGUACCCUGACAGUAGAAUCUGCCUGUGAAGCAUUACAGGCUGCGGUGACAUACAGACAGACUGACAUGAAAGACAAAUGCCUCGCUUUCAUUGAGGCCCACACCAAAAGUAUUGUGAAGACCCGAGGCUUCCAUGAGCUUUCUGAUCCUGCCUUGCUUUCUAUUCUGCAGAGUGACCUGCUCAGUAUUGAUGAACCGGAUUUAAUUAGUUUUGUCAGAGAAUGGGCUCAUGUUAACUCGGUAGUUUUGGACAAACCGGUACCCGAAAUAGCAAAGGACAUUAUCUGUGAACUGCGGCUUUUCCUGUUGAGCCCUGAAGAGCUGACAAUUCUGGAAGCUGAAAACAAGAAAGAUAACCUCAUUCCUAUGGACAAAAUAGCUGAAGUGUGGAAGUUCCAUGCAUUAAAGAAACCAAGUGGAAUUGCAACACAUCUUCCUCGGAGACGGAAAGGCACUCGGCUUCGAGAACAUCACAAGUAUCUCGACCUAUACCACAAAUAGAGGCCUAUGAUGCACAAUGUUAUGUAAAGACUGUACUCUAAUCUUAGAUGAGAAGAAUUCAUCAGUUGCCAUUACUGAACUGAAUCAAACUGAUUUGUCCUGGAAUAUAGUACAAGCCAUUACACUGGGGCUGUAUCCCGACCAGCUUCUACAUUGUAGGAUAAUAAAACCAGGACCUGCAGAUGCUAGAGAUCGGGAACAAACAAAAAUAGAAAUUGCUGGAGAAACUCUGAAUCCUGUGACCUUCGAACUUGAAAUGUUAGCUCUGUUUUCUCUCCAAGAUGCUAUCAGACAUGCCGAGUUUCUAUGGCAAUUUCUGUUUUUGCUUGAUUUUACAGAGCAGUGAGUUGAUUGAAUUACUCUGAAAGCAACUAUAUUGUGCUUUACAUAAGGCCAGUUUCAUAUUCUGAAAUCAGGCUACUAUAUUUUUAUAUAUGUAAAAGCUACAGUUGGGACUGAGUGACUCAGUUGGCAUAUCAUUCAUUCACCACUAGAACCUGGAUUUGAUUCAUUAGAAAAGUCCUAAAUAAAGUUUAAAAAACCAAAAGAAUGCUGGAAAUCAGAAACGAAAACAGAAAUUGCUGGAAAAAAUCAGCAGGUUUGGCAGCACCUGUGGACAGAAGUCAGAGUUAAAAUUUCAGGAACAGUGUCCCUUCCUCAGAAGAGUCUAAAUAAGUAACUAAAUAAAAUUAGCUCAUUGCAGUCUGAACACAUCCAUGAAUUCAUGGCUUAGAAUUCUCCACAAUUCAAUAUUUGGCACUUAAUUCAAUAGGGUGACUCAGACAGGAGAGAGACUUCUCAGCCAGAAGUAUUUUGUUCAAGUCCACUCCAGGAGUUGUUGGCCAAGGAGGGUGAGUUAUAACAUCGCCAAGAGUGGUUGAUUAUCAACUUGCAAGUCACCUCUGGCAGGCAGUAAGUACUGGAGAGUCCCCUGGUCAGCCAUGCUUUAUGUAGAAGGUGUCCCUCAAAUUAUAGUUUUGCAACCUCUUACAGGGUAAACUAACCAUGGAAACAGGCAUAAAUGUAUGCUGAUGUAAAAGCCUUAAGGCGUAAGCUGGGUCCUAUGCAAAGGCAUCAUUAACUGGAACCUGACGCUACUGUUACCACUUAAAACAAGUGAAUUCUGUGCCUUCACACGUGCCCAGCAUCCAGCUUUACAUGGCUUCAAAGAGUUUCCCACCAGCGACCUUUAUCUUGUUCGUUGAAUAGACUGUUAUUGUACCACAAAAGUAGCAUUGAAAUUGUCGUUUGUAAGCCAUGGACGAGCACUUUAUCAUCUGUCUCCCAAGGUUAUUUUGCUUAUAUUUUAAUAUGUUGAUGUUCUUAAUUACUGUUGACGUUGAUGACCAAAAGUAGACAAUUCCUUCCAUACUCAAUUGGACAUCCAUUUUAAUUGAAAUACUGUAUAUUUAGGAUAUAAAUCAAGAACAACAAAGGAAUACGUGAAGACUGGCUGAAAAAAAGCAAGGCCGAGGCCACAAGAGUGCUUUCUUUUAUUCAAAGGCAUAUGAUUUUGUUAAAGUCAUGGCAACGGCAAAGUACGCAGCACCAUGAGGUUUUAAUUCUAAUCCUAUUAUAAUUUUUUUUGGUGUAACUUAUAGGCCUCUAAACAGAGGCUGUGAAAUCUGAGUCCAAAUCAAUGUGUUAUAACUGAGUGCCCCAAAAGCUGGUUAGACAGUAUUUUAUCAAUUUCUCUUAUACAAUAUUUGUAAUCAUUACCGUUACUUCAUGAAAUUUUGUUGUGGGGCCUCACUGAGUAUGUACUGUAUAUCAAAGACAAACAAACAGACUCUGGAGUUAUAUUGACCAGAGAAUGACCAGCACUUUGUAAGUGUGGGAAUGUAACAGAUAUUUUUCUUGUUCAUGUUUGUUGCUUUGUGUAGCAUUUCAGCAGUACCUUGUGUAAAUAGUUAUAGGUCCAGGAACCAAGCAACAGAAGACUGGGUGAAAGAAUCAGACAUUACUUACUCAUUCCAUAGAAGUUGAAUCUUGCGAUAGUCUUAAAGAGAGAAUAAUGCAAGUCUGGCAAUUUGACCAGGCCUGCAUUAGAAGGAGAAUAUCUCAAGGGGAGGGAGAAAAGGGGAACAAAGAUAAAUCAAAGCAAUAAGCAUCCAGUGACCUUUGAACAGAUGGGUUGCUGUGUAAAAUGUUAAAGAACAGCUGACACUGUGACUCAAGGCUAUAUAGAGGGGAACAGAUAAUGGCAUAAGCCAUAUGUCUGAAACUUUUUAACAAAAAUUGGAAGUGUUGGGAAACUGAGCCCUUCAUGCAGCUUUUAUUUGUGUCAACAGGCCUGCUUUUUGGGACGUGUGCCUUGUUGGUGUGACUUUGUUAUGCACCCUUCAGCUCACAAUUAAUGUGUGCUUUAAUUUGCUCUGAUGCAUGCUGCUAGCAGCAUGGCAACGGCAACAAAACAUCUGAAAUGUCAUUGGUAGGCGUAACAGAGCAUCACCUUAGGCAUUGAGAGUUCAGGUUUUAGAAAGAAAUAGCAACAUCGGAAAAGGAAGGGGAAUUACAAUAAGCCACUUAGAGUCCAAUCACAUGGAGAAAGCAAAAUAAUGAAAAAGAAAGGUUGAAUUAAGAGAUACAGGGAAAAGAAACAUAUGAAAAGGAAGAAAAAGAAAAAAAUUAAUCCCUAAGAACAAUUUACCUGCUGACACAAUG